AUGUUGUGGUGCAAUCGAUGUUCGUGGAAGGAGAAGGGUAGCAAUGGUGUUGUAGAAGAAAAAGGAAGCGAGGCAGUAAUGGCAGUUGUGGUGGAAGUGUCGGCGAUGGAGGCAGCUAAGAAACGAAAGUUGGAGAUGACGAUGGAUGUAAGAAAUCACACACAUCUUCUUCUCGAUCAUGGCGGAGAUGGAGGCGAUGGAUCGGAUGGUGGUGGCGAUGAGUGUCAGCGGAGGAAGGAAGAUAGAGAAACACAAGGUUUGGAUAAGAAGCAGCGGAAGGAAGAACCUGGAAGGAUCGAUUAA